AUGGUCACUAAAACGGUCAUCGCCCUUGGGCUUUUGGCCACCUUUUGUGCUGUAGUCAUGGCCGACCCUGAACCCGGUGGUAGAUAUGGUGGCGGUGGUGGUGGUGGUGGUGGUGGACAUGGUGGCGGCGGAGGAUAUGGUGGUGGAGGAGGCCGUGGAUUUGGAGGUGGAGGCGGCGGAUAUGGUGGGGGUGGUGGAGGUGGACAUGGAGGCGGCGGUGGUGGAGGCCGUGGAUAUGGAGGUGGCGGAGGUGGACAUGGAGGCGGCGGAGGUGGACAUGGAGGCGGCGGACGUCGUUAUGGAGGUGGCGGAGGUGGAGGCCGUGGAGGUGGUGGCGGUGGUGGUUAUGGCGGCUACGGAAAGUAA